AGUGAACGCAGCAUGAACAACCAAUCAUCGAUUGUUUAGGGCGGAAGUUACAUCCGUGGGUCUGUGGCGGCUAAUUACUAGUUAGCAACCAGUGAAAUGGACAAGAAUGAAGAGGUGCUGGUCCGUACCAAAACCAGCAGGACGCUGCUUAUUCGCCACUUACCUGCUGAGCUGAACCAGGACGAGAAGGAAGACCUCCUGAAUUAUUUUGGAGCUGAGUCGGUCAGGGUCCUCUCAAACACAGGUCCUCUGAAACAUGCAGCGUUUGCAACUUUCAGCAGCGAGAAGCAGGCAGCAAAGGCCCUCAGCAGGCUCCAUCAGCUACAGAUUCUCAAUCAUACACUUGUUGCAGAGUUUGCAAAAGGCAAAGACCAUGUCACAGUGUUGAAGGACCCUCCAGUGUCAGUCAGUGCUAAUGAUGAUAAAGAAGAGGAGAAGAAACAGGAGAAGAAACAGCCGAGUAUUCCACUCAUAGAGACUGGCGUUGCACCUACCCUCGGGCUGAAAUUUCAGUCAAAUCCCAUUUUGAAAUAUUUAUACCCGCCGCCUUCAAAUGGAAUUCUGACAAAUAUAACACAUGCCCUCCUGAGUGUGCCAAAGUUUUAUGUUCAAGUUCUUCAUCUGAUGAACAAGAUGAAUUUACCAUGCCCCUUUGGCCCAGUCACAGCUAGACCCCCCAUGUUUGAGCUUCCUCCCGUGCCUCCCAUUCCCAUGCCCCCUCCACUACCUCCCAACUACCCACCUCUACCUGAAGAGGAGAUGGAGCUGUCUAGUGAGGAGGAGUCAGAGUAUGAGAGCGAAGAUGACGAAAACAAGGAAAGAAUUGUUCGUCUGAUGGGCCUGGUCAACCAAGCAUGCAAGAGACCCCUGAGAACAAAAACAACUUCCAAGAGAAAGAAGCCCAAGAUCAAGGAUCUACUCUACGCUCCCAAACCAGACUCUCAGAGCACUCCAAUGUUGCAGCCCUCUGACGUCUUCGAGCAGCCUCAACCUGCGGGACCAAGGAAAAUUGAAUUCCACAUUUCGGUCCCCGAGGUGGCAGCCAUAUUGGAAGGAGCUGGAACAAGUCAAGGGAUGGAGUCUGCUAAUGAAGGCAGAGAAGUGAAUGAGGAGGAGCCUGCUGCCGGUAGCAGUCAGGAAGGGACCGAAGCUGAUGGCUUUGGGAAGCUCUAUCCCAGCGUCCAAGCCUCCCAACAGGAAGAUGAGAACAAAGAAGAGGAGGAGAAUCUCCCCUCCGACAUCAUCUCCAGGAAGGAGCUGGAGAAAGGACGGCUGUCUAGAGAUGAGAUAAAAAGGAUGUCUGUGUUUAAAAAUUAUGAACCAGGCGAGCCAACCUGCAGACUGUACGUGAAGAAUAUCGCUAAGCAAGUGGAGGAGAAAGACCUGAAGUACAUCUAUGGGAGAUACAUUGACCGUUUGUCAGAAGCUGAGAAAAACAUGUUUGACAUUGUGUUAAUGAAGGAGGGGCGGAUGAAGGGCCAGGCCUUUGUAGGGCUCCCCAGUGAGCAGAGUGCAGAGAAAGCCCUGCGGGAAACCAACGGCUACGUUCUCUAUGACAAACCCCUCGUUGUUCAAUUUGCCAGGUCAGCCAGGCCCAAACAGGACGGCACAGAUGCCAAAAAAGGGAAGAGACAACGUUGAACUCAACAGGCUCAAGAUGUGAAGCCUUGAUAUUGUGGCCCAGCAGAACCAUUUGUAUCCUUAUUCUGGCAUAUCCUUUGGACAGAGUAUUUUUGGGCAGUUUAUUUGUAGUCACAGCUCAAUUUGAACCUAAAACCACUGAAACUUUAUUGUCGUUUAAAAAUACAAGGACUGUAACAUUCUUUGUUUCUACUGUGGCUUACAUUUUGUGCACUACCAAGUGAUGGCUUAAGGAAACCUGUACUUUUUGAAUAUCUAAAACUUUUCUUUGCUGUCUACCUUGUCUGACUCUGAAUUGCAGGUGAAGAUUGCCAGAGGACUCUAUUUUCUAUUUUUGAAUAAAGUUUUUUUUAUUAAAACA